AUCCGCAUUCCUUCACUGACGCUCUCUCAGUCCCACUUGGAAUCUCAUAGAGUAUCUGUCUCAUCUCCCUGCUCUUCUGACCCACUCUCACACCAGCCUGAUUGCCCCACUAGCUCCCACUGCCCUGCCCGCUCCUCACUCCUACAUUCCCCGCAUCUCUGCGCAAAAACCAACUCCUUCAAACAUGGGGACACAUUCCGAACCUCGAGAAGACUCUACCCCGAUCAGCCUGAGAAAGGUAUCGAAACCUCUGAUGGAAAAGAAAAGAAGAGCGAGGAUCAAUGUCUCUCUGGAGCAGCUUAAAGGCCUUCUAGAAAAGCACUAUUCCCAAAAUAUUCGGAAGAGAAAGCUGGAGAAAGCAGAUAUUCUUGAACUGACUGUAAAAUAUCUGAAAACCCUUCAGAGUUCUAUUCACGCAGGAACUCAACUGUACAGAAGUGCUGAGUACCAAGCUGGAUUCCGAAACUGCCUUAAUGGAGUCAAUCAAUUCCUGCUGAGAGCGGACGAGUCCAGCCAAGUCGCCCACCUGACUCAAGACAUCGCCCGAGCAUUGCCGGCAGUAAACGCUUCUCAUUUCAGCACUAAGGACAGCGCCUCACCUCCUGCCAACAGCGCUCCCUACACGCAGACUUUGGCUGGAAAUAUGGGCAAUUCCCUAGCGACUAAACGCAGAAUUGCACCCUCUGACUGUCAGCUCCCCACUCACCGACCCUCAGGACAUUCAGCAGUUCAGAGCCAUGUGCUGAUGGCACCUAUUAGCCACGGAGCUGUUAGCCAAGACGUGUGGAGACCAUGGUGAAGUCCAUAUACUGAAAAAGCACUGACAGGGCUGAAUACAGGUUGUUCUUUAUAAGAAUGGAUUCUAGUAUAUACUAUGUAUCUGCAGCUAUUAAUUAUAUAUUAUAUAUAGAUAUAUGUGUAAAAUUGACUUUGUCUGUAGAAAUAAAUACGAUAUUAUAUCUUGAAAGUUUAUUACUUUUCAUAAUAAAAACCUAGGAAUGUC